ACCAAUUCUUUAGGAUAGUUCAUCAUUUUUGGGGGAGCAAACUGGAAAAACUAAAAAAGGCAACAAGACAAAGAUGAGCCGCUUUGACAGCCAGUGCAGUAGUGAAGACGUCAACAAAGAGGACGAAUGUGUGCCGUCGUCAUCUGAGGAUAGCCAAGACGGCGUUUCUUCCCCAAUGGAAAACGAUGACGAACCAGAAUUUUCCCAAAAGCAUUACGAUAUUGAACCAUGUUAUUAUAGUCUUACAGGCAAAUCGGAUAGGAAUUGCCGUGGAAUAGUAUACCGGUAUCGACAAGACAGUGAUCUAAAAGGGUUUCAAUCACAUGAUGGCACAUUGUACAGGCUACGAGAUUCAGUAUUCGUAGAAGUGUCACAAAACGAGCCGUAUGUGAUAGCGGCAAUAUGCGGAUUUAAAUAUACAAAACGAGAUCACGUGGUAGUGAAACUUACGAGGUACUUCAGAGCAGACGAUAUACCUGAGAUAUCUUUAAAUUUAAUGAAACAAGAACGAGCUGAGCUUGAAAUCAAUCCACAUUUAUGUCCACAAUCAUUAAAUCGAGAAUUAUUUAAUUCGGAAUUACAAAUUACACAACCAGUUUCAUGUUUAAGGGGAAAGUGCAUAGUAGAAUACGUAAAAGACGUCCGGCACGCACGAACCGUCGCCGAUUUCUCACUUGACAACGAUACGUUUUUCUUUUGUCUCCAUUACAAUCAAGAUUCAACAAAACUGGCAUCAACGCAUUACGCCAUUCGGGUCGGAACAUCCUUCCAGGCUACAUUACCACCCAUGGCUGAAUGUUCAGUAGGUGAUGACAGUGAUCGUGACGAAUUAUUGUAUCGACCAAACAGUAUCGAAUCAGGAGAAGAAGAAGAUUAUAUAAAGUUAGCAAGAUGCUACCGUACCUACACUCUAAGUGGUAAUCAUAUGCUUGAUUCGCAAAAAAAUGCUCGGGUCAGUGAUCUACUUAUGGAUGAAGCCAUUAUUCAACUUCAUCGAAGUGGUUACAAAAUUGACGAUGCACUCAGUGAGUUGAAUGCUAACGACAUCAUUCUGACGACAGACGUUGACAACAUGACACAAGACGACGCGAAAAAAUUUGCAAAGGGUAUCAAGCAACUAGGAAAGAAUUUUUCAAGAAUUCACCGGGAACUUUUACCACAUCACAGUCGGGAGCAACUCGUAUCCUAUUACUACCUGUGGAAGAAGACACCAGAAGCUACGAAACCUAAACAAGCUGCUCGUCGAGUCAAUCCUACGAGUAUCAAGCGGCCAACAAAAGAAAAAGUUAAAGCUUCUCGUCCAACUUCAACGGAAUAUCUCGAUUUCGAUUCAGCAAGUGAGAGUGACGUAGAAAAUAACGGACCAUCAGGAAGAGCGUGUCAUCAUUGUUACGGUGCAGAAAGUAAAGACUGGCAUCACGCAAACGGUCUUUUGCUGUGCACAGAUUGUCGAUUGCACUAUAAGAAGUACGGACAACUUCGACAAAUUGCGAAUCGACCAUCUCAAGUUCCAGCGUGUCUUUUCAAACGUUCCAAUUCGGACGAAGAAGAGAGCGGAGUGAGGACAAGAGCCGGAAAGAAAGAACAACGAAGAAGAACGCCUUCUUCGAUGAGCGAGACUCCAGAUCGUAGAUCACCAUCGACUGUAUCGAAUGGUGCUCCAAAUCUCACUGCUGAAGAAACACCUACGAAGAAAUUGAAUGGAAGUGUGAAGAGAGCUCCAAAGCGGCCAUUACAUAAUGGAGUGAUAAAUAAUGUGGAGAAGUCGAACAGCUCUGAAGAACCGGCAUCGCCAACAACACCACCACCAACUCUGACAAAUGGUCUCACAAAUGGUCAUGGUCCAGAAUCUUCGACUCCAAAUGGUGAAACUAUCUCGAAAAGAAUGAAAGUAGAACCAAGUUAUGACGAUGAUGACGAUGAGGAAGAAGGUAAAAUGACUAUUGAUGAAGGUGAUGACGAUCCAAUGCCGGUAUUAAAUGGAUUCAAAAAAGAAGAAUCAGUUGAAGAGAUCAAGUUAGAACUUAAUGGUACAAUUAAAAAGGAAAACGGCGUGGAAACCGAUCCCACGACGCCCACGUGCUCCAUGGAAGCUGAAAAUGAAGUAUGUGAAACACCAGCUGUUGUUUCAGUAGAAAUUAGAGAUGAAACAAAUGGCGAAACGAAUUCGGAUCUAAAAGACGAUGAAAACGUGGAGCCUGACAGCCCAGAAGACACUUUCGAAUUGGGAAGCAACGUGGAAUUUGAAACAAAAAAUGCGAUGUUUGUUCGUUCGAUUGUUAGAUCUUGUGGUCCUCGGUGUGCACGAACCGAUUUAAUUUUCAAAAUAAAAGUUGGUGGCGUGUGGGAGAAGAGCAUCAAAGAAAAGGAGGAGAGGAAGAAGGUUCAUCUCCAAAAUCAACGAAUUCAAGACUCUGAAAAAGUUGCAAUUCAACAAAAUCAGAUCAAGAAAGAACAACAACAGUCUCAACCGACUCCACAACAAAUCCACCAGCAGCAAGCUCAGCAAAAUGCUCAACAUCUGCAACAACUUCAACAGGCUGUGAUGUUGGGGCAUCUUCCUCCUGAAGUUCUUCGUCAAAUGAUGCCUCCACAAUUUGGUGUGGAUCCUACAGCAAUAUUAAUGCAACAGAUGAUGGCUGGUCAGCAAUCUCAAGGAGUUAAUGCAGCAUUCCAACAUCAAAUGGCUCUUCAACAACAACUUGAAGCUCAUCAAGUUCAGUUUCAGCUUAUGAUGGCUCAUCAACAUCAACAAAAAAUGAUAGCUGAACAACAGCAACAGCAAAGACAUGCUGCAGCGCAGCAAUUGCGAGAACGGGAGCAACGUGAACAACGUGAACGAGAAAGAGAACGACAACAUCAACAACAGGCUCAACAAGCUCUUCAUCAGCAACAACAACAGCAUGCGGCUGCUGCAGCGAAUCAAUUGAAUCCAGCAAUGAUGCAGAUGAUGGCAUUAAUGGCGAACAGCGCAGCCAGCCAACAAGAUAUUGCACGAUUAAUGGAGAUGGCUGCUCAGCAGCAACAACAGCAACAGCAAGCUGCUCAGGCUCAAGCCCAGCGUGACCAAGAACGUGAACGACGGGAACGUGAAGCACGAGAACGGGAAGCUGCUCGGGAACGUGAACGAGAGCAAGCUGCUCGAGAAGCUGCAGCACGAGAUCAGGCAGCCCGCGAACAUGCUCAAGCAGUUCAGGCAGCAGCAGCAGCAGCACAACAGGCACAGGCACUUACACCUGAUAUGCAACAUAUGCAUCUACUGCAACAGUUGAUGCUAAAUCCAGCACUUAUGAUGCAACUUCAACAGGCUCAAGCUCAACAACAACAACAACAGCCUCAAGUAACGAAUCCCCUUCAAAUGUUGCAGCAUGGAAUGGCUGCGCAAAGUGCCAAUCAAGCCGAAAUGAUGCGUCGGAUUCAUCCAGAACCUGCGAUGCGUCCUCAACAUCAGUAAACACCGUUGCCCUCUCACAAACCCAUCUCAAACAAUUUGUCCCGGUUUUCGGUCUUAUUUAUCCUUGUUUCACUGUGAACCUUUUUUUUAAUUCUCUGCUAAUGUGAUCCUUCUGGGUAUCAUAUUUUAAGUUGUAUUGUAAAUACGUUUUCAUUAUAUCAUUAUCCCCAUCAUCAUCAUCAUCUCUUACGUGCAUUUCGUUCAAUUCUGUUAAAAGUUUUUUGGCAUCUAGAAGUGUCUCGUUGUUAUCCGCUUUUCUCCCCUUUUCCCUUCCCUUCUAAAUCUCUUCUCAUUCACAAACCUCGAUCAGACUUGGCACCGGUAUAUUUUUACAUGAUUUGUUAUGUUCGUUAACCUCAUCUUUCUAUCAGCCCCUGCUUCUUUUGAAUUUACAAUUUGUAUCUCUCUCAUUCCCUUCAGCCAAUUUAUAUCCCUAUUCAACUCGUUUCUCUCAGGACUCGGAGUUUCAUUCCACCAGUUUUUGUUCUGUAUUUUCAGAUAAUUCCAUCUUGUGUUAUGAUGUUCAAACAUAGAUUUAUCUAUGAUUGUGCGUUAUUUGAAUUCAAACAACACAUGAGUAAAGAAAUUAA